AUGCAGGAAUACCUGGAGUCCCUUCGUGAGCGCUAUCGUCUCCUCCUUCGGUCGCCUCCAGGCGCCGCGCGAAGAGCUCACCUCAGAGCGCAAAGUCUUGCCGGGCCCGGCGUAGUGCAGUAUCUCCAAAGUACUCGCCACUCCCACAGCAGCCAAUGUCCUCCGCACUCCUUACGCCGUCGUGAUGGAUCCUUAGCAGAAUAUCCGGGUGAAGUCAUACGUGGCUUUGAGGAGUUCUUUCGAAAUCUCUACACAAGCUGUCCAGUGGACGUUGCCGGUACAGAUUCCUUUCUUGAUGGACUGCUGACGCUUUCCGAUGUGGACCGGGUCUCUCUCGAACUGCCGUUGACUAUUGAGGAGCUCGACACCGCGGUGACCACUGCAGCUUCUGGAACAAGUCCCGGCCCUGAUGGACUGCCGGUCGAGUUUUACGUUACGUUCUGGCCUCUUCUCAGACGGUUCUUUCUUGGCGUUCUUCAGACGAGCCUAAGCGGAGAGCCCUUCCCAGAGUCGUUUGGUUUUGGACACAUAAUUGUUUUGCCCAAGAAUAGCGGUGACCAUGCUGACCCAGAAAAUUGGCGGCCCAUUACUCUCCUGAACUGUGACUAUAAGUUCCUGACCGCGAUAUUGGCCAAGCGAAUCCAGAGUGUCUUGCCAUCCGUCAUACAUUCUUCACAAACGUGCGGUGUGCCAGGUAGGAGUAUGUAUGGCACUCUUUCUGGUUUGCGCGACAUUCUGCGUUAUGCUACGGCUACGUCUGUGCCAUCGCGGGGCUGCUUGUUAUCACUCGACCAGGCGAAAGCUUUUGAUGGUGUCGAGCAUGCGUACAUGCUCGCUGUGCUUCAGGCGUACGGGUUUCCAUCAUGGAUCUGUGGUGUCAUUAGACGACUGUACAACCACCACCGUAGCCGCAUCUUCAUGCUGCACCGCUUCUCUGAUGAGUUCACCGUAACCAGACGUGUCCGACAGGGCUGCCCUCUUUCUCCCGCCUUGUUUACACUGGUUAUUGACCCUCUUCUAUGGGCCAUCGAUACAGACACGCACAUUCACGGCAUCCCGCUUCCAAUCUCUGGAACGUGGAAGGUGGCUGCUUACGCAGAUGACGUUACGGUUCUACUGCGUGAUGCUGGUUCGGUUGAUGAGGUCCUACGCGUCUAUGAUGCAUAUGCAGUCAUCUCGGGAGAGUUACUCAACUAUCGGAAGACCAAGCUCAUGCCUCUCGGAGAUUGGGCUUCCUAUUUGUUACUGCCCUUCUCGUGCGCUACAUCCCUUAAAAUAUUAGGUGUUGUGUUCGAUCGUCACGGUCCUACAACCUCAAACUGGACGACUGCACUGCAAGAUCUCUGCUCCAGGUGUAAAGCUUCUGAUGCAUACGCGCUGUCCUAUCUAGCGUGCAUAUCUGGCUCGGAGUGUCUUCUGUGGCCGUCAUACCUGCUCAUACUGCCCUUCUGUCCUUCCUUUGGAGGAAGCGGCGAGGGUGGACUGGCCCUACCUGACAUGAGCCUGAUGAGCAAAGGGAUUGCCCUGAACACCGUCCUGCAGAUACUUCGUGGUGAGCCAUCGCCAACGCAAGUGCUCCUAAAGUACUGGAUGGGUCCAUUAGCGCGAGACCUUUUGCCAGAGGCAUAUGAUCCAUCAUUCCCAGCGGCGCGAUCUCCGCAGCGUUUCCAUGCUACUGUUCAUGCUUAUCGUCGCAAACUGGAGUCUCUCUCUGUGUCCGUGAGUGCCCCAUCACGAAUGUCCCAAGCAGUUUUAUGGAGCGAAGUGCAGGUCAGCGCAAACUGGAUUGGACGCCUUCAGCAGGUUAGAACAGUUCGAUGGGCGUCAGCCAUAGGUUCGUGGCUCCCUGCUCCCUUGCGUGACGUGGUGUGGAACUUUGCAUGGGGCAUCCAUCCCACGCGGGACCGCCUUCAGACAUGGAACUUGACCCCGACGGACAAUUGUGUCGAGACGAACUACCACGUGCUUUUUGACUGUCGGAUUGCAAGAAUUUCUUGGCGGCAUACGAACAUCAUAUGCCCAGUGCCCUUACAUCGUCGACAGUCCUGCCACCGGAUUAGCGCACUUUUAACGGCUUGCGGGGCACAGGUUCUGUGGGCAGCGCGCUGCAAAGCUGUGGCACAACGUCUGCGGAACAUCCCUGUUUUCCUAUUGGUGCGGAAAUUGAGAGUUAGCGUAGUCGCCAUCCUGCAGCAGGUCCUCUUCGCGCUGGGGGAGGAUGGCUUCUGGCGUCGAUGGCGUGAUCACCCUUCCGUUGUCAUUCAGGAUGCGUAUGUUAGCAUCGUUGGUGCACUUCCAUAA